AUGUCCGACAAAGCUCCUGACAUGAGAUUCGCACCCCCGCCACCUCUGAAGCCGUCGAAAGCAAAGGAGCCCAAGAAGCGCAGCAAGCUUCAUGCCCUUUGGCUCAGGGUCAAGACCGACAACGAGAAGAAGAAGCGGGGCGGCGUGGGAAGCGAAACAGCAUCAAGUCUCCUCUUGGCUGCACAUUCCUUGAACGAUGACAUCGGUCAAGUCACACACGAGGCUCAGCUUCUCACGCAGGAUGCUUUGAAGACGCGUCGCCCUGGUACUCCACCUAGCCGAGAUCCACUGUUUCAGCGUCCUCGAGAUGCACCACUAUCAGACUAUGAGAAGUCUGCUAACGCGUACAAUUCUGUCGUUGAUCGGUACCGGAAGAUGAACGAUGAGGCGCGGUCAAUACAGCAGCGAUUCUCAACGUUCCAGGAAGGUGUCAAGACCUUGAAGAUCGAGCAUCCACCUGAGAAGAAGUUUGGGAAGUAUGAGCAUGAUGUUGAGAGUCUUGAUAAUGCAUCCAGGAACAUAGAGACAACUACGACCCGGAUGGUUGAAGCUGUGGGCCAGGCUAGAGAGGCGGCGAGGUGA